CGAAGGCCCAGUGUCCAGGGUUCCGGGCAUUUCGGCGGGCGCGGGGCUGGGCUUGGGGUACCCGCGGAAAGUAGCCCCGCCCCGCUGCCGGCAAACUUUUCCCGGGGCCGCGGGGGCGGGCAGGUGAGGUCACGUGGCCCUGGCGGGGCGGGGCGAGAGGACCCCGCCCCUGCGCUCAAGUCCGGUAGCGGCAGCGGCGUCGGCGGGAGCCGGGCCGGAGCGGGCCAGAGGGCCGCAGCCACCAUGCCCACCAACUUCACCGUGGUGCCCGUGGAGGCGCGCGCCGACGGCGGCGGGGACGACGCGGCUGAGCGGACGGAGGCACCGGGUCCCCCCGAGGGCCCGGAGCUCGACAGCCCCAGCCCGGCAGGAGAUGGAAACCCAAGAGAAAAUGUCCCGUUUGUUAACAGUGUUGAAGUGGAGAAAGAGAGUUUCUUUGAAGGAAAGAACAUGGCACUUUUUGAGGAAGAGAUGGACAGCAACCCCAUGGUGUCCUCGCUGCUCAACAAGCUGGCCAACUACACCAACCUGAGCCAGGGCGUAGUGGAGCAUGAGGAAGCUGAGGACAGCCGGCGGCGUGAGGCCCAGACCCCGCGCAUGGGCACAUUCAUCGGUGUCUACCUGCCCUGCCUGCAGAACAUCCUGGGCGUGAUUCUCUUCCUGCGCCUCACCUGGAUCGUGGGGGCGGCUGGCGUCCUGGAGUCCUUCCUCAUUGUGGCCAUGUGCUGCUCCUGCACACUGCUGACUGCCAUUUCCAUGAGUGCCAUCGCUACCAAUGGUGUGGUCCCAGCCGGCGGCUCCUACUACAUGAUUUCCCGGGCACUGGGACCUGAGUUUGGAGGUGCUGUAGGCCUCUGCUUCUACCUGGGCACGACUUUUGCAGGGGCCAUGUACAUCUUGGGGACCAUCGAAAUUUUUUUGACCUACAUCUCGCCCAGCGCGGCCAUCUUCCAGGCGGAGGGGGCAGCCGGGGAGGCGGCGGCCAUGCUGCACAACAUGCGUGUGUAUGGCACCUGCACGCUGGCGCUCAUGGCCGUGGUGGUCUUCGUGGGUGUCAAGUAUGUCAACAAGCUGGCCCUGGUAUUCCUGGCCUGUGUGGUGCUAUCCAUCCUGGCCAUCUAUGCAGGCGUCAUCAAGACUGCUUUUGACCCCCCGGACAUUCCGGUCUGCCUGCUGGGGAACCGUACUCUCUCGAGGCGCAGCUUUGACGUCUGUGCCAAGGUGCACGCGGACAGCAAUGGUUCAGCGACCACCGCACUCUGGGGCCUCUUCUGCAACGACUCCCAGCCCAGCGCUACCUGUGACGAGUACUUUGCUCAGAACAAUGUCACUGAGAUCCAGGGCAUCCCCGGUGUGGCCAGCGGUGUCUUCCUGGAAAACUUGUGGAGUGCAUAUGCGAGCAAGGGGUCCUAUGUGGAGAAGGAGGGCAUGCCUGCGGCGUCCACGCUUGAGGAGAGCCGAGCCAGCGGGCUGCCCUAUGUGCUCAUGGACAUCACCACCUACUUCACACUACUGGUUGGCAUCUACUUCCCCUCCGUGACCGGUAUCAUGGCGGGCUCAAACCGGUCCGGGGACCUCAAGGAUGCCCAGAAGUCCAUCCCAACAGGGACCAUUUUGGCAAUUGUGACCACAUCCUUCAUUUACCUCUCCUGCAUCGUGCUCUUCGGGGCCUGCAUCGAGGGCGUGGUCCUGCGAGACAAGUUCGGGGAGGCACUGCAGGGGAACCUGGUCAUCGGCAUGCUGGCCUGGCCAUCGCCCUGGGUCAUCGUUAUUGGCUCCUUCUUCUCCACCUGUGGUGCUGGCCUGCAGAGCCUCACGGGGGCACCCCGCCUGUUGCAGGCCAUCGCCCGUGACGGCAUCAUCCCCUUCCUUCAGGUGUUUGGCCAUGGGAAGGCCAACGGGGAGCCCACCUGGGCCCUGCUGCUCACUGCCCUCAUCUGUGAGAUGGGCGUCCUCAUCGCCUCCCUGGACAGCGUGGCCCCAAUCCUCUCCAUGUUCUUCCUCAUGUGCUACCUGUUCGUGAACCUGGCCUGCGCCGUGCAGACCCUGCUGCGCACUCCCAACUGGCGCCCGCGCUUCAAGUACUACCACUGGACGCUGUCCUUCCUGGGCAUGAGCCUGUGUUUGGCCCUGAUGUUCCUCUGCUCCUGGUACUACGCGCUGGUUGCCAUGCUCAUUGCCGGCUGCAUCUACAAGUACAUCGAGUUCCGCGGGGCUGAGAAGGAGUGGGGUGAUGGCAUCCGGGGCCUGUCGCUGAAUGCCGCCCGCUACGCCCUGCUCCGCGUGGAGCAGGGCCCCCCCCAUACUAAGAACUGGAGGCCCCAGGUGCUGGUAUUGCUGAACCUGGAUGCUGAGCAGCGUGUGAAGCACCCCCGUCUGCUGUCCUUCACCUCACAGCUGAAGGCUGGCAAGGGCCUGACCAUCGUGGGCUCGGUGCUGGAGGGCACCUACCUGGACAAGCACUUGGAGGCGCAGCAGGCUGAGGAGAACAUCCGGUCUCUGAUGGGUGCAGAGAAGACCAAGGGCUUCUGCCAGCUGGUUGUCUCCUCCAACCUGCGGGACGGCACCUCCCACCUGGUCCAGUCAGCUGGACUCGGGGGCAUGAAGCACAACACCGUGCUCAUGGCCUGGCCGGCGUCCUGGAAGCAGGUGGACAAUCCUUUCUCCUGGAGGAACUUCAUUGAAACCGUCCGUGACACCACCGCAGCGCAGCAGGCCUUGCUGGUGGCCAAAAAUGUGGACUUGUUUCCACAAAACCAGGAACGCUUUGGCGGCGGGAGCAUUGAUGUGUGGUGGAUCGUGCAUGACGGUGGCAUGCUCAUGCUGCUGCCCUUCCUACUGCGCCAGCACAAGGUGUGGCGCAAGUGUCGGAUGCGCAUCUUCACGGUGGCCCAGGAGGAUGACAACAGCAUCCAGAUGAAGAAGGACCUGCAGACAUUCCUGUACCACCUGCGGAUCAGCGCCGAGGUGGAGGUGGUGGAGAUGGUUGAAAAUGACAUUUCUGCGUUCACCUAUGAAAAGACUCUGAUGAUGGAGCAGAGAUCCCAGAUGCUGAAGCAGAUGCAGCUGUCCAAGAACGAGCAGGAGAGAGAGGCCCAGCUAAUCCACGAUAGGAAUACUGCGUCCCACUCAGCUGUAGCCGCCAGGACCCAAGCCCCGUCCACUCCAGACAAGGUACAGAUGACCUGGACGAGGGAGAAGCUGAUUGCGGAGAAGUACAAGAACAGAGAUGCCAGUAUGUCUGGAUUCAAAGACCUCUUCAGCCUAAAACCAGAAUGGGGACACCUGGACCAGUCUAACGUGAGGAGGAUGCACACAGCAGUGAGGCUCAAUGAGGUCGUCCUCAGCAAAUCCCAGGAUGCACAGCUGGUCCUGCUGAAUAUGCCGGGGCCUCCCCGCAGCCGGCAAGGGGACGAGAACUACAUGGAGUUUCUUGAGGUCUUGACUGAGGGGCUGAACAGAGUCCUCUUGGUCAGGGGUGGUGGCCGCGAGGUUAUCACCAUCUACUCCUAACACCGGACAGCACCGGGCUGCGGUGGACAAGCAGAUGGGCUCACCCAAGAUGCAGCCUGACCUGUCCCUAGGGCCUCCCUUGGAAGUUUCUAGACCUAUCACCCGGGGCUUUCCUAUUCCAGGCAGGCUUAAACGAUGGGCCAAGAGGGGAGUGCGGCUGGAAGUUUCCUCAUGUCUGAGGGGAGACAGCAGAGUGGACAGAGAAGCUUCUGGAAGUGCUUUCCCUGACGGGGCCUGUCCAGCUUCUGGGGCAGUCAUGCUUCAUCUGCCCAUACUGGACAUUCUUGAAAAGCCCAGCUGGGCUGAAGCCGUCUCUGGGCACUGAUGAUGACACAGCAGCCUGGGGCUCACAGCUUCGUUCCUCUCCCGUGUCCGUGCACAUUAAACUGGUGCGCAAAAGGACUCUGUCCAUGCCUGUAUCCUUGGCUUGGCUCCGUAGACCAAGGUCAGCGUACCCUCCCACGUGGGGAGUGGGCUCACAGACAGGCCCACAUUUGAGGCAGCCAAAUGGACAAGGAGCCCAGUUUCCAGGGUUGCAGCCAGUUGUCGCUGGGUAUGUGGGCAGAUGCCAGUAUCUUCCUGCCCCGGCUCAGAUCUGGGAAGGAGCAUGUUCAUCCGUCCACUGCAGUCCUGUCCCAGCCUCUGCUCCCCACCAGAAUCCACCCCUGCUUUUCCUCAUAGCACUGACUGGGCCCCUGCCCUGAGCACAGGCUACAGAUGGUGGCACCUAUGGACCCCAGGGCAACACACACACAGUGAAUGCCAAGCCUUCCCCACGGCCUGGGAGAGCCUUUCAGAACUGCUGGCAGACAUGUUGUCCUGCCCUCCCCUGGGCUCAGACACAGGAGGCCCUGGAGCAUCAAGUCCUGCUGAGCUUAGUGUGCCCUGCCUUGGGCUCCUGGUGUACACUGGAAUGCACAGUGGCUUCCAGGGACCUGGUGGCAUCUGCACUUUGCCUUUGACCCCUCUGCUCUGUAGGUCAUGAUCACGCUCACAGGCUGCAGGUGGUGGCAGUGAUUUGUGCUUCCCUCCUAUGUGGCUUAUUUAUUUAUUUAAACAGACGCUAGGUUGUCGGUGAAGAGGACCCAAACGGCCACGCCCUUGCCUGCUUCCCUCUGGCUCUCAGGCUCCCAGGACUGUCCACCCCGCACGGAGCUGCAGCCAGGACAGGCUUUCGGACACUGCUAAGUGCUGUGGACAGCAUGGGACGCUGGCCUUGGGGCAUGUCCCAGAUGGUCAGCGAGUCUAGGGGCUUCUGUGCUAAGUUAAGCAGCAAAACUCAACUCUUGAGAGUAAGUCCUGAAGGUGCUGUGUCCGAGCAGGGCAGGCUGAAGGCACAGCAGUGUCAGCACCAGCUCUGAGUGUUGGUCAGCAGCUGGGAGUGGGAGGUCAGCAGCUGAGAGUGCUGCCAGAUGGCUGAAGCUUCGUUCCCUCAGGGUGCAUUGCAUGGGCUCAGCUGUCGGGCCCCAGCACUGCCCACAUGUAGCCUGUCAGCACCCAGCUCCUUUCCAUUGUAAACAUGUGACCAGUAACAGCAGCCAUUUAAAAUUGAUUUCAUGUUUUCCUAUUAUAGGUUCCUUGUCUUUGUAUGACUUUGUUUGUAGAAGAAUAAAAUGUUUGUAGAAGAAAAAAAUCCUGUGAAAUCUGGUCACUCAGAAGACCCCUGGGACGUUUGGGUGAAGAAAGAGUGACCUGGCACAGCCAGCUUUGGUUUCUCCAGAGGACAGUCCUGCCUGUCAGCCCCAGAUGGAGGCAGCUUCCCCAUGCCCUUGGGUGACUUGAGGAGCGGCUUGUCCUGCACCUUCAGCCGGGACUGCAUGUCUAGGACUCGGGCAGCAGGCUCUGUGGCCAACGUGGCAUGAUCGGCCAACACCUGGGACCUGCGGUGCUGCAGCAGGUGUGCAUCCGACUCCUGGGAACGCGACCUGUUCUGUAGGUGUGAGGCCCUGCCGUGGUGCUCCUGCCUGGCCGGCACCGGAGGGGACCCUGGGGGCAGGGACAGAGUGUGAGGCCUGGCAUGCAGCACCCAAACCCGUGGGUUGGGUUUCUGACUUCUCUUCACAGCAGUGACACAUUACCAAGGGCCACACUGGGAACAACUACACAGGGACCUGCCACAGGCUGCCUGGGAGCCGGGUCUGCAGACAGCCAUGUGCCCAAAGCAACUGCAGGAAGAGGUGAUGCCAGAACCCAGGACGUGCCCUGCCCAGGGGACCCUACUGUCACCCAUAGGAAACGGGUCUGGUCACCUUAGGUGACCCCUGCCUGGCUCCACCCUGUUCUCCUUGAAUGCAGCCCCUGACCACAUGGUGGGUCCUACGAGGAGAGCGUCUCUGGCAGGGCUGAGACCCUGUCUAAGGCAGAACAUUGUGUUAUGUCAGAAAAUGUGCAGCAAAGGGGCCUCCAGAACUCAUUUCCACUAAAUCUUCCUUAUGAAAUAGAUUCUGGGAAGGCCCGUGGGCUGCUGUCCCACAGUGUGCUGUUUAAGCCUGUGAGGGCACAGCCCUGCGCACAGACUAGCCCAAGAGACAAAGCUCAUCCAGCUAACAGACUGCUUUAGCCACCUGCACCCGGGCCACAGCCCUUUAGCCAAGGUAUUUCAGACUCAAGAAGCUCCUCAAAGACAUUUUAAAAAUGUUUGAAUUGCUUAAGCAGA